CAACAUCAAGCUAAUCAUAUUCAUUCAAAUAAAACAAAAAAAAAAAUCGAAAAAUUCUAGAAAAUUCUAGAAAAAUUCAAUUUUGAAGAUGAAAGAAGUUAUAUUAUUCAUGGAUGAAUUAGAUAGUUGUUCUUUAUAUUACUGUAGAAUUUGCCAUGAAGCUGAGUUUGAAAGUUGCAGAAAUUUAGAAGCUCCUUGUGCUUGUUCUGGAACAGUCAAGUUUGCUCAUAGAGAAUGCAUUCAAAAAUGGUGUGAUGAAAAAGGAGAUAUAAUUUGUGAAAUCUGUUUACAGAAAUAUGAACCAGGGUACACGGCUAUUCCUAAGCAACAUAAGAAAGUUAUUAUACAAGAUCAUAUUGUGAGCAUAAGGGCAAGUUUGGAAGUUUCUAGAAUACAACAACAACAACAAAAUCCUGCACUAUUAACCAUAGCCGAAUAUUCAUUAGAAGCAGAAAGAAAUGCCUCUUGUUGCAAGAGAAUAGCUCUUAUUUUUACAUUUGUUCUAUUGUUGAGACAUCUACUUGAUGUACUUCUUGGAGCAGAAGAUCACCAAUUCUCUCUAUUAACGGUACUAAUUUUGCGAAGUUGUGGAGUAAUUGUACCCAUGUACAUAACCAUUCGGGCAAUAUCAGCAGUCCAAAACAGCAUCAGACGACAUCGAAUUCUUCAUGAAAAUCUUAUGCACAAUACAGAGGAUGAGGAACAACCACUUCAAACAUAGUAUUUAGUAAUAAGCUUACACAACAGUGUACAAAAAGUUGACCAGAAUACAAAACUAUCAUAUAUUUUAAUUUUUAUAUAAAUAUAUAUUAUUCCUAUUCAUUUAUCAUUUUUAAAUUUUUUUCUUAGAGAAAUUUCUGGUUAUCUCUAGUAUUGGAUUAAAAAUCCAACUACAUUACAUGUACUCUUUGUUGCAACAAAACCUCAUCAUCGGAAAAGGAACAUGUCGACAAAUAGAAUUCAAUGGAGCUAUUCAUAUGCCUUAUACUUCCUCCGUUCUUAUUGAUAAAAAAUAUAGUUCCUUUGUCUCUAUAACGAGAUAAUCUCAAAAGAACAAAACCAACUUCAUCACAUGUGUUAUGUACGUAACAAAGAAGACUCGAGCAUGAAAUAAUAUGAAUCAUACUUAAAUUUUUACCAAAGUGGGAUUUGGAAAGCAAAUGUACACAACUUUUAACGUUGUUAAAAAGUUGUUUCCAAACCUAAUAACAUUAUAUACAAUUUCAUAUCUAUAAAAAGUAUAUAAUUUAAUAAUUAAUUAAUAACAUUAUAUGCAAUUUCAUAUCUAUAAA